AUGCCGACUCUACCGCUGGUCGGCCCAGCCGUCAACUCAACUAAGCCCUUUGGCCAACAGUCACCGCCACACGCAUCAUGGCACGGCUUCACUCCCGGCCGACGUAGCUACGCCCCCGACGCCUCCAUCGUGCUCGUCGGAAUCCGAGGCACAGGCCGCUCAACUCUCGCCGUGAUCGCGGCCAGCGCUUUAGGGUUCCGCUUACUCGACGCGGACCAGCAAUUCUUCCAGAUGACGGGCCUCUCACGAGCCAGUUACAAGACACAGCACGGUACUGCUGAAUAUCGAAGGGAAGAGCUGAAGCUUCUGCAUGCCAUGCUAUUCGAGAAUCCGACAAAGUCUAUCAUCGCGUGUGGGCCAGGAGCUGUGGAAGAGACGGGGCAGGCGUGGCUUGCGGAAUAUGGACAGACGCAUCCUAUCAUCUAUGUCCUGAGAGAUGCGGAAGACGUGAAGGAGCAUCUCAAGGUAUGGGAUACUGAGGCUAUCACACGACUCUUUCAACUUAGUGGUCCAACGCAUCGAUCGAUAUCCAACUUUGAAUUUUACAACAUUUCAGAUACCCUAGGGAAGGCCUCGGGCGAGCUCGCCACUAUCCCCGGCCACCAGUCACCGAGGUCUCUUGCGUUAAAGCGGGUGGAGUACGACUUUCUCGGACUCAUUGACAGCAUCAUGGAAAGCGACAGGCAGGGCUCGGAACGGUACCGUGCCACCGAGGGCUCUGCUUCAUUACCACUGGAGCGCCGGCCAUACACAUAUUCUCUCAACUUGCCAAUGUCAUUGGUAGAGACCGCCGGGGCGGAGCUUCGAAAUAUCACGACAACUGCCGAUGUUGCGGAACUAGUUAUCCCUGUGAGGGAACUACAGGCAACGUCGGCCGAUUUUGAUGAUGCAACUGCGAAUCGCGUCUGUCGCUUGCUCUAUGCCGUCAGGAGAUUCACCCGUCUCCCUAUCAUCCUCAAUCUCGAACUCGAAUCCUCAUCUACUGGCAUAAUGAGCGGCUUCUCGCAAGAACACGCCUCCGCAUACUACCUUAGCGUCCUAAACCACGGCCUCCGUCUCGCUCCAGAGUACCUCUGCGUAGAUCUCCGCUGCGACGAGAACAUCAUCCGAGAUCUAGUCGCAAGUAAAGGAACAACAAAGAUGAUCGCCCACUACACCUGCAACUCCCUCUCUCCAAGCGGCUGGCGGAACCCAGGCCUGGAGGACAAGAUGAGGUUGGCCGAGGACCUGGGCUGCGACGUCGUCCGAAUAUGUCGCGAGGCAAAGUCAACCAAGGACAAUUUCGAGAUUCAGCACUUCAAGCAUGGCGCCGGCAAGCCCAGAGAUGUGACGAUCCCGCUUAUUGCGUACAACACAGGCCGCCUCGGCCGCAUGUCCUGCUUCAUGAACCCGACCUUCACGCCGGUCACCAUGAACUUGCUUCGGAGACUGGCACCAGGCGGCUCGCCUCAUUGCCUCUUGACGAUCCACGAGGCGCAAAAGGCACUCUACUCUUCCUUUCUCCUAGACCCGAUGUACUUUGGCAUCUACGGCACCAACGCAUCCACAAGUUUGUCGCCAAGCAUGCAUAACCCCGCCUUCAAAUUCUGCGGUAUGCCGCACGAGUACAAGAUCUUUCACCAGCCUACCCUAAAUCACCUACGUAAGCUCAUCUCCGACGAGAACUUUGGAGGCGCGAGUAUCACAGCCCCCUUCAAGAAGGAGGUCUUUGCCAUUGUCGACUUCACGAGCCCAGAAGCCAGGGCCAUUGGCGCCGUCAACACGCUGGUGCCUCUGCGGUCGCGGAACAUUGAGUCUUUGCUUGAUCGCAAUAGAGCUGGCCCAGUCGUUGCUCUGUAUGGCGAUAACACGGACUGGAUCGGGAUACACACCCGCAUUCGGCACAACCUGUCUCCCAUCAACGGCGUCAAGAGGAGGACAACGGCGCUAGUUGUGGGUGCGGGAGGUAUGGCUCGUGCAGCGAUAUACGGGCUUCUAAGGCUCGGUGUCCGCACCGUGCUUAUACACAAUCGAACGACGAGGACGGCUGAAGAGGUUGUAAGGCACUUCAACGGGUACCGAUUCACGAGCGACGGGGCAUCGACGCCGACGGAGGUCAACGCCUCGCCGAAAGUUGACGCUCCUCCAAACAGUCCCACGAUCCGUGUUAUAGAAUCCAAAGAUGAUAAGUGGCCAGACGACGCUGACUUUCCAACCAUUGUGGUAUCGUGUAUCUCCACGCGUGAGAUCGACGGGGAGUCGUCGGCUGAUACGAGUCUGCCUCCGGGAUGGCUGGCUAGUCCUACAGGCGGAGUAGCCAUUGAGCUAUCGUAUACGCCUCUGGAAACACCUCUCCUGAAGCAGAUCCGUGGCAUGAGCGACCAGGGGUGGAUCGCCGUCGACGGCCUAAGUGUUUUGCCGGAACAGGGUAAGAGACAAUUUGAGCUCUUUACAGCACGCAAACCUCCGAUCGAGAUGAUGCGUGAGUUGAUUUCGCGAGCGUAUAAGGAAAGGCUUGCAGACGGGGGCAAGAUGCCAACAAGAGGGUAG